GGAUGUACGGAGAUCAUGAGGAAAAGACAGAAAUCAGAUUUCAAAGACUGGAGAAAUAUUUGCUCUUUUUGUGCCACUUGCAGUUGGCUGUUUAUACUCUAGGGGAUGUAAUCAACAUCACUUUGUUUUAUGAAGAAAGUGGUCCCAAAAUAAACUGAACUGUAAGGGGUGCGGAGAAGAGGGUCAAGGUCCGGAAUUGCUGUUUUGUGGUGUCUGUGUGCCCCCUCCCGGGGGAGCUGAGACAUGCUCAUCUCAGAAGGAUGAAGUUCACUGGGUUCCUGGUUUAAGUUUUUCUCAGAACCAUAGGGACUGGCCCUGUUGUGUAGGGAGGAUGGCAGAUGGUACCAGAGAAUGAAACUAAUCCAUGGACCCUGGAGGGGCAGGAACAGAUCUUUGAGGGACACUCAGGACAAAAGUAGACUGCUGGAUUGGGGCCCAGAUACUGCCCCUGUCUGGGCUGCAGCUCCCACAUUCAGGAACCAGACCAGGUGGGUGAGGACAUGUUCUCCUGCCAAGCUAAUUGCUUCCUGCCUCAGGGAGGAGUAUAGCUUUGUACCUAUAGCAGCUUCUGCCCAGACUACCUGUCAGAACCACCCUGCAGUUCAGGCUCAAGGAGCGUGGUCAUGGGAAGGUGGGGUUUCUGGGCACCCCUCAGGGAUUGCCCCUCUCCCCAGAAGUCCAUGAUGAAGGCCCACAUGCUUAUAGGUGCAGUGGUCAUGGUGGGCUUCACAGUGGGAAAGGCUCCUGUUUCUGAAGUCCGGACCUGCCACCUCUGCCUCUUGGAAAAUCCUGCUGUCGGAUGCAUUUCAGGCUCAGAGAAGUGCACUAUCAGCAGCUCAUCCCCAUGCAUGGUGAUCAGCAUCAAUCAUGAGAACAAAGCUCGCUUCUUAAUCCGAGGCUGUGGACAACACAAUUCCUACCGCUGCCAAGAAAAGCUCCCCACCUACAUCUCAGAGUACUGGUACUCGGCCCAGUGCUGCCAGUACGACUACUGCAACUCCUGGUACAGUCCCCAGCUCCAGAGUGCCUCGCCUGAGCCCCUUGACAGGUCCCUGGCUCUGCCCCUGUCUCAGUCCCAGAUCCUGUGGUUCUACCAAACCCUGAACCUGUCACUGUCCCUGCCCAGCUUCCCUGCUGGGAGGGAGCCUUCUGAAGGCCUGGACCCCCUGGCUGGCCCACCCGUGAAUCUGAGUUUGUCCAUUGCUGACCUGCGCAGCAUAUACUUGUUUCUCAACAGUUCUGGGCUUUUGACUCUUCCCUGGGCUGGUCCCUGACAUCUUUCCCUUCGCAGAUAGAUUUCUCUCUGAUCUAGCAUCUCACUCCUGACACCCCAGCAUCAUGCAUUGUCUUCUCAGAACACUCAUACUCUGGGGUCUGUAAGUUCUCAGUCUUCCUUUCCUUUGCCUUUCCUUUGUCCUUCCAGUGUCUAUAUGGUUUUGGUCUAGUCUCCUUCCCCAAAAAAGCAGUUGGCACUGUACCCAGAGCCCGUCGACCACCUAGAAAAUAAUUUCAAAUGCGGAUUCUGCCUAGGCUGACCUGGGAAAGGCACAGUGGUUUUCUCAACACUGUCUUGUUAACUGAGUGUCCCAUCACCCCCACCCUGCCCCCCAUCUUCCUGAUCUCUCUCAAUCUGGCUGUUUCCACUCUCUGAUACCUAGCUCUGAAAGCUUGUGCCAGACUGAACUUGCAUCAGAACGGGUGAGAGCUGGACUUCGUGCAGGUUUCCUGGCUGAGCACUGUGGCGCCCCUCCUUCACUGUCUACCACUCGUGCUCCUGCCUGGUCUGCUGCCUGCUCUCAUCUCUUUUCCCAGUCUCUGGCUUCCUCAGCUCCACUUCACAUCCCUGAGCCAUGACACCCACUUGCACAGAUUCCCAGGGAGAGGAGGGGGUCUGUCCUUUGUUCUGCACUCCCCAGUCCUCCUCCACAAUAAACAAACUGGCCAGA